GGACGCGGAGUCUGCAUCUCUGCCCCCCACCCCGGCUCCCGCGCGCCCUUGCCCUCGCUCCCAAGCCGGUCGAGGGUCGCCGUCCCAUCUCCGCAGCAGCAGGGCCCCGGCGCCCAGCCCGCGAUCAGCCCGAGGCAGGCCCCGCCGGGGCCGACAGGGGCGACGCGCGCCAAAAGGCGGCGGGAAGGAGGCGGGGCGGAGCGUGCCCCGGGACCCCGACUCGGACGCGGCCAGCUGGGGGGGCGGAGCGCCGGGCGGCAACCUUGGCCCCAGCCUGGCCCCGCCGCCCCGCGCUCCGCCUGCCAACGGCUGAGCGGCCCGCGCUGCCUUCCCGCCGGCCGGCUACGGAAGGCGCUAACGCCCGCGGCCACCCCUCCCCGCGGCGCCUCCCCUCCCCGCGCCCAUAUAACCCGCCUCGGCGGCCCGCGCCCGCCCUGCCUCCCCGCCCGCGCCCGCUCCCGCCCCGCUGCACCCGCCUCUCGGCCCGCGCCUGCCUGCGCCCCCGAAGGGGUUACGCGGCGAAGCCGGGGCCGGCUAGGGCAUAGAUUCCUGGGGCUCCGACGGCAUCAGAGCGAGCUGCCCUCGGCCGGGAGUGGGAAGAUGUCGCAGUCCACCCAGCCCACCGCCGCCGACGAGGGGGCCACGUUCCAGCACCUCUGGAGCUCUCUGGAGCCGGACAGCACCUACUUUGACCUUCCCCAGUCGGGCCAGGGGAAUGAUGAGGUGGUGGGUGGUGCGGAGGCCAGCAUGGACGUCUUCCACCUGCAGGGCAUGACCACUUCUGUCAUGGUGGGCCGUGCCAGAAAAUAGCCCCCCUGCCCUGCUGCCGCGAGUCCUGCGGAAGUGGUCAGUGAGGUGGAGCCCCGUCCCAGUUGCAUUUGCUGAGCAGCACCAUGGACCAGCUGGGCAGCCGCGCGGCCUCGGCCGGCAGCCCCUACGCCCCAGAGCACGCCGCUCGCGUGCCCAGCCAUUCGCCCUACGCGCAGCCCAGCUCCACCUUCGACGCCAUGUCGCCCGCGCCUGCCAUCCCCUCCAACGCCGACUACCCGGGCCCCCACCACUUCGAGGUGACCUUCCAGCAGUCGAGCACAGCCAAGUCGGCCACCUGGACGUACUCUCCUCUGCUAAAGAAGCUUUACUGCCAAAUCGCCAAGACGUGCCCCAUCCAGACCAAGGUGUCCACCCCGCCGCCUCCGGGCACUGUCAUCCGCGCCAUGCCCAUCUACAAGAAGGCGGAGCACGUGACCGAGGUCGUGAAGCGCUGCCCCAACCACGAGCUCGGGCGGGACUUCAACGAAGGACAGUCUGCCCCCGCCAGCCACCUCAUCCGCGUGGAGGGCAACAACCUUUCGCAGUACGUGGACGACCCUGUCACCGGCAGGCAGAGCGUCAUGGUGCCCUACGAGCCCCCGCAGGUGGGGACAGAGUUCACCACCAUCCUCUACAACUUCAUGUGCAACAGCAGCUGUGUCGGGGGCAUGAACCGGCGGCCCAUCCUCAUCAUCAUCACCCUGGAGACACGGGACGGACAGGUGCUGGGCCGCCGGUCCUUCGAGGGCCGCAUCUGUGCCUGUCCUGGCCGAGACCGCAAAGCGGAUGAAGACCACUUCCGCGAACAGCAGGCCCUGAACGAGAGCGCUGCCAAGAGCGGGGCUGCCAGCAAGCGCGCCUUCAAGCAGAGCCCCCCUGCUAUCCCUGCCCUGAGCACCAACGUGAAGAAGAAGCGGCACGGGGACGAGGAAACCUACUACAUUCACGUGCGGGGCCGGGAGAACUUUGAGAUCCUGAUGAAGGUCAAGGAGAGCCUGGAGUUGAUGGAGCUGGUGCCCCCGCAGCUGGUCGAGUCGUACCGGCAGCAGCAGCAGCUCCUGCAGAGGCCACCCCAGCUGUCCCUUCCGAGCAGGAGUCACCUGCAGCCUCCGUCCUACGGGCCCAUCCUCUCGCCCAUGAACAAAGCGCAUGGGGCUGUCAACAAGCUGCCCUCCGUCAACCAGCUGGUGGGCCAGCCUCCCCUGCACGGCUCGGCGGCCGGGCCCAACCUGGGGCCCAUGGGCCCCGGGAUACUCAACAACCACGGCCACGCCCUGCCGGCCAACGGCGAGAUAAACGGCGGCCCCAGCUCCCAGUCCAUGGUCUCGGGGUCCCACUGUACCCCGCCACCCCCCUACCACGCCGACCCCAGCCUGGUCAGUUUUUUAACAGGCUUGGGGUGUCCAAACUGCAUCGAGUAUUUCACCUCCCAGGGGUUACAGAACAUUUACCACCUGCAGAACCUAACGAUAGAGGACCUGGGGGCCCUGAAGAUCCCGGACCAGCACCGAAUGACCAUCUGGAGGGGCCUCCAGGACCUGAAGCAGAGCCACGACUACGGCGCGCAGCAGCUGAUCCGCUCCAGCGGCAACGCGGCCACCAUCGCCAUCGGGGGCUCGGGGGAGCUGCAGCGGCAGCGGGUCAUGGAGGCCGUGCACUUCCGCGUGCGCCACACCAUCACCAUCCCCAACCGCGGGGGCCCGGCUGGGGGUGCGGGGCCCGAUGAGUGGGCCGACUUCGGCUUCGACCUCCCGGACUGCAAGUCCCGAAAACAGUCCAUCAAAGAGGAGUUCACGGAGAGCGAGGCCAACUGAGGGGGGGCCGGCACGUCCGGGGCCCCCCCGACCCGGUGCUACCGACCCAGAGAGCAGAGAGCCCCGGGAGCCGCGCCGGAUGUCUGCUUCCUUUUUGUCACCAACUGCCCUGGGAGGCAGGACCUCUGGGCUGUGCCGGGAAAGGGACUUGGGCAGGGGGGUGCCCGUGAGGAGGGGCUCCCGGAGCUGCGCUGAGGGUGCGCGCCCAGGACCCAUCCUCCGGGGGUCCGGGGGGCCUCCCCCUCCCUGCCUUGCCUUCCUGGGGGCUCUGCUGACCGACUGCCAAAAAGUAUUUUUCGAUGUCUCUGGCUCUGGGUAGCAACACGGCUCGGUGCUUGUUCCUAAACACUCCUGUUUUCGGGUCAAGGCUCCAGACUGCGUCUCUGCCUGAGGCCGUCCCUCUGCUGGUCUUGAGGGUCAGUCUGCCCUUGCACACCUGGCCGCUGGUGCAAAGCCCACCGCAGCCACCUCCCACUUCCUGCCCCGAACAAAAACCAGAGUUUCACUGGAAUCGGGGAGGCAAGGAAGCUUCUGGUCGGCGGCCUCCAGCCAGCACCCGUGUCAACACCGCUGGCUGCAGCCCCUCUCUCCAGUGGCCCUCUUAGGAUAGACACGGACAGCAGGCUCCCCAGACCACUGGAAAGUGUCAAUAUUUGAUAAAAUGAUGCCCUUUUCUA